CAGUAGUGCUCUGGUUGCUAUGGUUAUUGUAUACACACAAUGACGUACAGUGACAAAUAUUGGAAGUUGGUUUAUAUGAUUUCAUGAUUUCGCUGUUUGGAUGUUGUUGCCCUUCAGUUGGAAAGAGAUUCAAAUGCAGUAACAAUGACAGCCAGAGGACUUCAUGAGAGUUGUCAAGGACCUUAUCCUGGGUUUGAUCUCCAGCCAAAGAAUGCUCGUCCAAUGUCGAAUUCAAGGGUCCGUCCUGAAGCAGAGGAAUAUGCAACAAUGCAUAAAGGAUCUUUAAAUCUCUUUGAGUCUUCUUAUUUUACAGGGAAUAACGGUAAUAAUAAUGUGAAAUCCAGGUGCCCCUCACAAGCAUCCCGAGAAAAUUUAGUUUACAGCCGACAAGGAUCUGUGAGUAAAAUUAUUCACUGCCAGGCCACCCCACGUCCUGACACUCCAAACCAAACCCGAAUCAGACCAGAAGCGUUGUCAAUUGCUGAGGUAUGUAAACAAAAAUGUAUGCAUGUGCAUGUGUGUGUUUUUUCUUUGAGUUUUGCUAAAGUUCUUCUCAAAAGAGUUCAUGCUAAUCCUCACAACUAUAUUAAAUAUAGCUUAUUUUUCACCCACCAGAAUCCACUCACAGGGCUUUGGAUGACCCAAGGUUAUACUAUAAGACACUUGCCCAAGGUGCCAUGCAGUGGAACUGAACCCGGAACCAUGUGGUUGGUAAGCAAGCUACUUACCACACAGCCACUCCUGAAUAUUUUAAUUGAAAUCAUGAAAAUUCCUUCUCAAUGUUUUUAUAUUUUGAUUACAGGGGCUUCAAUGGCUGCUAUCUUGAGUCAACCCCCCAAAAGCAAGCCAGUUCCAACUGUGUUUCACAUAAAAAAUACAACAAACUCUUUAUGCCUCUGGGAAAAGGCAGUCAACAGCAUCACUAAAGGAGAGCAAAUGAGAAAGGUACUGAGCAGCAACAACGAUGCAGAAAUAGCAGCAGCACCUGCAGCUCGGGUGAAAAGAGAAGGCCAGCAUAUAUCAAAUCUCGACAGAGGAGGCCGUAUGAACAAACUGAUUUAUGAUACCAGCUCACUUCCAGCACCUAUUAAACCAGUUCCCAGAUGUGGCAUGUCUAAAGUUGCCAAAAAGAUAAUGCAACAGAAUAGAGGUACUGUUGGAAGUCUUUUAACAAAUUUGGCAAGCCAUCAGAUUGUUUUACAACCUGGAGUCAGAAGUUGAGAAACUUAUAUCUAAGUUCAUGCCUCUGGUUAUCUAUCUAUCUAUCUAUCUACAUACCUGUUUGUACACACACACACACACACACAAACAUACACAUGCAUGCAUACACACACACACAUGCACGUGUGCACACAUAUAUAUUCUUUUACUUGUUUCAGUCAUUAGACUCCCCACCAAAAAGAACAAACUAGAUUUAUUCAGUUUGAUAUCGGCUGCUAUAUAGAUUAUUUAUAUAUAAUCAGUUGAUAUCAAACUGGAUAAAUUUCUCUCUCUCUUUCUGUCUCUCUCUAUAUAUAUAUGCAUACAUGCAUAUAUUUUCUUACCCACCUUAUUCCCUCAACCAUCAUCCACCCCAAAUAUUUGUAACUGUGAUUUGCAAAGCACAUUCCAUACACUGUCGUCCCUUUAUCCCUAUUUAUUCUACUACUAAAUAAGUUAGAAUAAGGGCGGAGGGCAGGUGGACUAGAGGGCACAAGCUUAUGACUUUGAAGUGCUUUACCACCCGUUAGAGGCAAAAGGGGAUCUUUUGGUAAAGAAUUGCCUUUCUUUUUAUUUAUAAAUGAUUUUAUUUCUUCUGUUCUUUUUUGUUAUUUGUAGAUCUAUCAUGCAUAACAUAUAAGUGCUGUAUACCUAUAACACAUAGGUAAAUUAUAUGCAUAUUGCACUAAUUACAGAAGUACUUAAUGAACAGUUUGAAAUAGGGCCUACAUUUCACAUCUGGUCUGGAUCUAGUUGAAAUAGUGCAAACAUUUCAAAUCUGUCCUGGGUCUAUUACCAUUUGAAAUGGGCCUAUGUUUUACAUCUGUCUGAGACCUGCUACAAACUGAGACGAGCUUGAAUUUCACAUCUGACCAGGGCCCACCAUUUGAAAUGGAACCUACAUUUCACAUCUGCACUGGGCCUAUUACCAGUUGAAAUGGAGCUUUCAUUUCACAUCUGACCCAGAUUUGCAUGGGCCAAUUACUGACAAAAAUUCCUUCUUUAUUGCAAGAACUGUUUUCACUCAGUAAGUUUACACUUUUCUUCACAGUAUUACAAGCAAAUCUUUUCAAAUUUCUACACACCUCUAGUAUUUCUCCAAAUUCAUUUCCACAUACACAUCAGCACAUUUGUCAGAUGUAAGUGAUGAAUUAAAUGCAAUUUUUUGUGUUUUAAUUUACCACAAACUUCAAUCUUUUUAAUACCAAACACCUGUAUUAAAGUGUUGAAAUUUAAAUUCCAAUCAUGGACUGAAAUUUUAUUUUUGCACAAAAGAUUAAAAUAAGAUUUGAAUUUGUAAAAAAUUAUCUUUCAAUAAAUAAGUUAAUUCAUUAAGUCUAUCAUAAUUCUUGAUUAUUAAAAAAAAAUUAAGUGCUAAUUUUAUACUUGUGUGUGUGUAUUUUACAUUUAUGCCUCUCCUAAAAAAAAUUCAAUUCAGCUACCAAUGCUGAUGAUGUCAUUUCCCCAAUCAGCAAAUCUUCCACUGGCUUUGCACCUUCAAACAUAUGAAACAAUUAGAGAUCUAUUACUUCAGAGACAAGUAAAGGUUAGUAACAGGAGAGCACCCAGCUGUAAAACAAGGCCUCAAUUAUAUAUUCAGCUAACGUAUGGAAAAACAGGUAUAAAAUGAACAUACAUACAUAUGCAUGUAUGUAUGUAUGAACCUUUAUGCUUCUUUCUUUCCAUCUCCUUAUUCUUUUACUCCCUAACUCUAUGUUGUCAUCUUAUUAAUAUAUACCAUUCUCAUUUUCCCUAUUUUUCUCUAAUGGAAUAUCCCAUAGUCGGGGAUAUUUCAGAAACAGCUGUAAGAUUUUGAAUUUCUUCCUAUAAUAAUAUUGUAUAUGACUUGAGAUGUGUGCCUUGCUUUAAUGUUUGCUGUCCUGUUUAACAAUUAUAUCUAUUUAUCUAUCUAUCUAUCAUAAAUGGCAUCUAUGCCAGUAGCACAUAGCAUUAUUCGAGCAUUGGGCCUCAUGGAGGCAAUGUGGCUGAUACUGGUGUCACAUAAAAAGCACCAUUCAAGUGCUGGGCCCCAUGGAGGUAAUGUGGCCGAUGCCAGUGUCAUGUAAAAGCACCUAUUACACUCUUGGAGUGUUUGGUAUUAGGAAGUGCAUCCAGCCAUAGAAACCAUGCCAAAUCAGACUGGAGUGUGGUACAGCCCUGGUCAAACCAUCCAACUCAUAGCAGCAUGGUCAAUGGCUGUUAAAUGAUGAUGUAUGUAUGUAUGUAUGUUGGCAUUUCUAUAAUGCAGUAAUUUUGUGUAUAAAGCUUACCUGUCUCUGACGAUUUGACUGUACAGCUUGGUUAUGUAAUUAACUUUGUAUAACUAAUAAUCAGCUUUUGUUAAUGAAAAGUAUGUAAGGUAGUGCAACUAAAUAUCUUAUAAACAAUCCUUCAUGUUUUAUUUAUUUAUUGUACAUAUAUAUAUGUAUGUAUAUAUAUAUAUAUGCAUGUGUGUGUGUGUUCUGUCUGUCUGUCUAUCUAUGUGGGGGUCCCAAAAAGUUCCUGGCUUUGGGUAAAAGAAAAUACUGAAGGAUCAGUUAAUUAUGAUUUUAUUUAACAUAUUCCAUUCUCAGAUUCACACACUUAUUGCAGCAGUCCUUCAGUUUUUCUAAGCCCUGUGAAAGAACUCUGAAGACUGGACCUCCAACUAGGCUUUUCGUGAUACCCUUAAGGCAAGGAACUUUUCAGUACCCCCUCAUAUCUAUCAAUCUCUCUCUCUCUAUAUAUAUAUACAUAUACAAUACAUUGUGUGUGUAUGUAAACGUCACCAAGAUCAGGAAAUUGAGUCUAAAAUAAUCAAACAUUAACAUUAAUGGCAGUGCCCCAGCAAGACUACCUCUGGCUGAAAGCAUGAAACUGAUAAGAAAAUAAUAGAACAAACGAUGUGUGUGUGUGUGUGCGCAUACAUUUAUAUAUACAGGCUUUUUGUUGCCUUGAAAGCAUUUAAACCAGGUUGCUAGUCUCCAUCACUAUUUUGAAAGCCCUGAAAAGAAGGACCAUGUAAUUUUGCCCCUUGCACUUCUGACAAAAGUCAUUAAAAAAUUAUGUAGAAACCCUUAACUGAGCUGCCUACUGGACAGGAAUUAUGAGACCUUGGGACGCCAAGCUUCUCUAAUGGUCUGACUUUUUCCUUUCCAUGUCAUGAGUAAUAAAAUAUUUUCAGUAUAAUGUAAUGAAAAGAUCUUGGCAUGUUAUGUUAUUAAAUUAGUCUGACCUUUUCUUUACAUCAGCAUGAAAGAAAAAAGAAAACUGUUAUGUGUUAGAAAAUACCGUCAGUUACCAUUUACUGCUAUUUAACUGUUUGUUUUUCUUGAAUCAAGAAUAGCAACAAGUGUUUUUGUUACUGUUUGUUAACUUUACAUCCAAUUUUCCAUGAUGAUAUGGAUUGGACAGAGAUCAGAAAUUUAAUCUAAGCAGCAUGUUAUAGUUGGAUGACCUUUCUGUUGCCAACCCUCACCUGUUUUUCUAGUAAGAAAUAUUCUUUAUUCCAAUAAUGCACAAUGAUAAGAUGUUUUUGUCAACAGUGGAUUUAGACAUCAUCUCACUGUUUUGCUCACAUGGUGGCAAGAAGUAGAAUCUACAGGGUGUUCACAAGGUCUGGGCACAUGGAGUAAAUAAAAUAAUAACAUAAACAAUUAAAUAUAAGAAAUAAUAAUAAUUUCUUAAAGUACGUGUUAAUCCCCAUGUACCCAGACUUUGUGGACACCUUGUACAUUUGCAUAAGCUAGACAGAAUUCAUUGAGGUUUAUUUUCUCUGGCCUGAUCCCCCUUCUUGUUGCCAAUCCUCAUCUGUUUCUAAGUAAGGUAAUAUUUCCCUAUGGCCAGACAUUUUCACAGUAUGUAGGACACAGUUUGUAUGAUGGGGCUUCUUGAAAUUAUCUCCCCUUUCUAAUUCACUAAUUUGGUAUCAGUCACAACUGCCAACCAUGCCUUUCUUCACUUUUUAUCAAAACGAAAAUGUCAAUAAAUCAAGAAUUUAUCUUUUAAGGUUAUUUAACAUACCUUUACUUACUCCGAGAUAUUUCUCUUGGCUCAUUUUAACAAUUAUGGCAUUAAAUAAAAAAAAAUUGCACAGAAUUAAAUAUAUAGGUGUAGGUUAUGACUACGUGGCAAAGAAGCUUGCUUUGUCACUAUGUAGCUUUGGGUUCAGUCCCAAUGUGUAACACCUUGGGUGAGUACCUUCUAUUAUAGCCCCAAGUUGAUCAACACCCCUAUGAAUGAAUUUUGUAGACGUAAAUUGUGUGGAAGUCUGUCGUGUGUGUGUGUGUGUUUUUUUGUGUCAGUGUUUGUCCCCUCACACCACAUGACAACCGGUGUUGGUUUGUUUAUGUCCCUGUCACUUAGUAAUUUGGCAAAAGAGAAGAGUAAGUACCAGACUUAAAAAAAAAAAAUACUGGGGUUGAUUUGUUUGACUAAAAUUCUUCAAGAGAGUGCCCCAACUGAAGUGCAAGAGAGUGCCCAAUCACUGAAACAAAUAAAACAUGGAAGAUAAACAUGUAGCAAAAAUGUUAAAGCAGAUUUGAUCAACAGUUAUUGAAAGAGAAAAAGGAAAGCAAAUGUUAGAGCUAGAGAAAAUUUUAUUUCUUUUGUUUGUUCUUUUACAAGUCUGAAGUGUGUCAGAUUGGAAUGGGAAAAAAACCUUUACAUAGGAAAAAAAGCAACAAAACUUUAGCUUUGAAGGUAAACUGUCAUGAUUCAGUGUCUUAUAUAUGUGAGUGUGUAACUGUUGAGGAAAAUAGCACCAAUAGGCAAGUGUGAGGGGAAAAUUUAGAAUUUAAAAAAAAGAAGAACUCAGUUUAACAGAAAGAUAUAAGUGUGGGUUAGGGGGUGGGGGGUUGAGAUAAAAAGAAAAAAGAAUUUGAUUUAUUUCAAAUCGAAAACAAUACCAGAUACCAAUACAUUUAAAGAAUGUUUAGCAUGAAACACAGAGCAGGAGCUAGAGUAUUCUGUGCCUCAGGCCAGUGCUACAAAGUACAGCUGUUUGGCAAAUACAGCCAAGAGUAGUAGCUUAUAAAUAAAUAUGUAGCGUACAUUUGUUCAGCUGAAGUCUAUUUCAUUUCUGAUAUUGCUAAAACAUUGUUUAAACAACUACAGCAUCCAUAUCUGUUGACAGAUAUAGAUAGUAAGACUAGGAUUUACCAAAAAAAUUAUCAUAAUCCUUUUUGUUUUUUGUUUUUUUUUAUGUUCUUUGAAAAAAAUCUGUAUUUUUAGCUAGAUUAAUGAAAUUACAUCUAAACUGUUCAGAAUUUAGAUUUUAACAUCUUAAGUAAUCUCUUGGUUUGCCAAGUGCAUAGCACCGACCCUGUUAGUACCAAUCUAUAAACAGGGGACUAGUGGUGGGUAAUAAAUAAAUAAACAUGCCAAUAAUGGCUUUCUUCAGCUGAACUUAUACCAUUAUUAUAUGUUCUUUUAUAAGCUAAAAUGUAUCUUUAUCAAAUGGUUGAUGUAAUCAAGUCUUCUUUCAAGACUCCUAAUAUUUACGUAGAAAGAAUAAAUGACAUUGUUUUGAUAUCAGCAGGAAUUAAUUUUUAUAUAGAUAAUGGCUUCAAAUCAGCUUUUUAAAACUGAGAGGUAGAUACUUAUAAAAGAAAUCUACAACACUGAAUUAAUCCAAAACGAACUGCUUGAUUUUAAAGAUGUAAAAAGAAGUAAUAUGGCAUGCAAACAGCAUCAAAGCCAAAAUUUAAAUAAACAUUUAAGAAUAAUGUUAAAUUCAAUAAAUAUGAAAACAUGAAAAAAAAAAAAAAAAUUCCUAUGACCACAUUAUUAUUAUGAUGAUAAUGAUUAUUACUAUUAUUUAAAUUAAAAUUUUGAUGAACAUUUUAAAAAUUGUUUUACAUCAUUCUUUUAAACUGAGUUCUGUAUAUUCUGAUAAGAGGUAGAUAAACCGCACACAUGCACACACAUAUACAACAUUUGUUUAACUUGAAAGAAAAUAUCAAUAAGAAAAGAAAA